AUUGCGCGAAAAUCGCGGUGUCAUUUUCCCGGAAUGCCCCGAAGAUGCGCUUCAAUUACCAUUCCAUUUCAAGACAUCUCUUUCGUCCCUAUCUUCUCUCCAAUUCCAGUUGUCUUUAAGGAAACAAAUUUCUGAUCUUUCUUUUUUUUUUCUUUUGCGCCUCGCACCCGUCUGGGUUCAGAAAAUCUUGCCGGUUCUUGGGUUUCCGGUCGCCGGAAAGUCGACCCAGUUGACUGAAUCUAUUUUUUUGUCUUGAAUUUUGAUUAUUUUUAAAAAUCGUUCGCAGAAAACAAUGGGUUUUGUUUUAAUUUAAUUUUUUAAUUUUUUUUCGGGGAUCAAAAUUAAUGCUCUGAAAGUUGUCAAAACAAUUCAGCAUCUCUCGUUGUCAUGUUUGUGUCUAUGGACGACGAAUAGAAUCCCGUUUUUCUCUCGCUCGCUUUCUCUUCCCUCACCGAUAAUUUCUAUCAAAAUUUCCUCUUUUUCCCACCCUCUGUUUCUCUCUGUUUGGUUUCCUCCGUUUUGCAGAGGUUGAAGAGAGGGAAAAUCAUCUCUCCUUUCUCUCUCUUUCAUUUUCUGCUUCUCCUUCUUCUUCUUUGACCCCUUCUGCAUUUAUUUUGAUCAAGAAUCAUGGCAGUUUAUAGGGACUCAAUGGAAUCAAAUCUCAAUAGCCUUCUGGAUUUCACCACCCCUGCAGUUUCUUCUCAGUUUUUGGCCAAGGGCGAGAUUAGGAACUUUAAUAAGCUAUGGCUUCCGUGGGACCGAGAAAGGGUCGAAUUCUUUACAUUGGCUGAUCUGUGGAGUUGCUAUGAUGAAUGGAGUGUGUAUGGUGCUGGUGUUCCUAUCAGAUUGGACAAUGGUGAAACUUUGGUUCAAUAUUUUGUGCCUUACCUCUCUGCAAUUCAGAUAUUCACCAGCACUUCUUCUGCUAAUUGUCUAAGGGACGAGAGUGAUUCGGCGUGCGAGACUCGCGAUUCAUUUAGUGAUUCGUUCAGCGAUGAAAGCGAGAGCGAAAAGCUCUCUAGAUGGGAUGGGUGCUCUUCUGAAGAGGGGUAUGAUAGUGUCUGGCAGUUGAAUGAUAGGUUGGGUUACCUCUAUUUCCAAUAUUUUGAGCAAUCCGGUCCCUAUGGACGAGUUCCUCUCAUGGAUAAGAUUAGCGGCUUAGCACUACGGUACCCUGGGUUAAAGACAUUAAGAAGUGUAGAUCUUUCUCCUGCUAGUUGGAUGUCAGUUGCUUGGUACCCUAUUUAUCACAUUCCCAUGGGGAGAACCAUUAAGGACUUAUCCACGUGUUUUCUUACGUUCCACACGCUCUCCUCUUCAUUUCAAGAUAUGGACACAAACGACGAUGAUUUGGGGAAUGUUUUUAUUAAAAAGGCAAAGGAACGAGGAGCUAUCCCUCUCCCUCCGUUUGGUUUAGCCUCUUACAAGAUGCAAGGGGAUGUUUGGUUAUCCGACAAGAGUGGUAGGGAUCAAGAAAGGCUUCUAUUACUCCAUAGUGCUGCAGAUUCAUGGCUUAAGCAGUUGGGAGUCCAACACCAUGAUUUUAACUACUUUCUGGGUAUGCGCCAUUGAUUAAAGUCCCAAUUGUCCUUGAUAUCUUUUGGAAGCGGGCAAGAAGAAAGAAGCGACUUUCGAUAAUUAAAAAAAAUCUCUUUUACAUAACUGCCCUAGCUCAUACGAUUAGGUGCGCAUUGCGGAGUGCCAUAAGAUAAUAAUACUUUAAAGUUGAAAGUACUGUAAUAUUUUUUCAAACUGUUUCUUUAUUUGAAAAAAUAUUACAGUAUAUUGUUUUCGACUCUCAAAGUAUUUUACCCCCUCGGUCCGAGUGGGACUUUUUAGUACGUUGGUUGGUUUUGGUUUGGUUUUGAUUACAUUUUUGUCGCGCCUUAUUGUGAGACCAUCCUCUACUCUUUUUUUUCUUUGUGGCAUGGUUCAGUUAAUGCUUUUACCCAACUAUUUAAGGGGUUGAGCUUUUGGCAAUGUGUGUAUAGGGAUGAAAAAAAUGUAAUCUUUGAGUGAGAGGGAGAGAGGGGCAAUUUGGACAUGAGCGACAUUGACUUUGUUGUAAUUGUGCCAUGUCAAGAAAUUAUAUAUUAAUAAUCUAUAUGUUAAGACAAAUCAAACAAGAUCACACAUGACUAUAUUUAGGCUUACACAUUGAGAGAAUUUGAUGAGUCAAAGUGCUUAGAUGAACAGUUCCAAAAGUCAAAAGUGGACAAAGAGAGUGGGACGGAGGUAGCACUUUUUUACACUUUAUGCAAAAUAAAGUGAAUUUUUUUAAGUUUUUUAAAUCAUUUUUAUUAAAUAUUGAUAUAGAAAUUAAAAAUAAAGCUUACAUAUUUAA